ACACUUUGCUGCAACCAUGAUCGCGAUUAUCCUGUUAUCCAUCGUCUGUCGGGGAGCGCUGGCAGCUUCUCUUGGCGACCCUGCUGAAUAUUCGGACCAGUUUGAUCUUUACGGGAGCUACGGCAAGGCAUGGGAUCUCUUCCGUAAAUUAUACAACAAGACGUACUCAUCGCCCGACGAAGCUGUUCGCCGUGAGGGAACCUUCCGUCAGACAUUCGACUUCGUUAAGGCAUCGGACGAGCUCUUCAAAAACGGCACAAUUUCCUACAGUACAGGCAUCAACUAUUUUGCUGACCUGACGCAGGACGAAGUAAUCAACGAGUACACGGGUUACAGGGGAAGUGGUCAAAUGCUUUCCACUGGCGGGGUGCCUAAUACCUUCGAGCCCCAGUUAGGUGAUGCGCCUAGGUUCGUCGACUGGAGGCAGCAGGGCUAUGUCACUCCGGUCAAGAACCAGGGAAACUGUGGCGGUUGCUGGGCCUUCAGUGCAACGGGUGCUUUGGAAGGUCAAAUGUUCCGGAAGACGGGCUCCUUGGUGCCUCUGAGUGAGCAGAAUCUGCUGGACUGCGCCACACAGCGGUACGGGAGCAAUGGCUGCAAUGGAGGUCAGAUGGCUGGAGCAUUCCGUUACGUCAUGGAUGCCGGUGGUCUCGACACAGCACGCAACUAUCCCUACACUAUGAGGACCAACUUCCAGUGUCAAUACCGCGGCACUGAGGAAAGUAGGCAAGUUCGCGUCCGUGGGUUCGUCAAGGUUCCACCACAGAAUGAAGCAGCCCUGCAGGAAGCCGUCGCUCGCGUGGGUCCCGUUUCCAUUGCCAUAAAUGCCAGCCCGAGGUCCUUCAUGUUCUACAGGGGUGGUAUCUACUACGAGCCCAACUGUAAUCCUCGUGGCCUGAACCAUGCUGUGCUCUUUGUUGGCUACGGUGAAGAGAAUGGCACGCCCUAUUGGAUUAUGAAGAACAGUUGGGGAACCGGGUGGGGCGAGGCUGGCUACAUGAGGAUCAUCCGGAAUAGGAACCAGUGCGGCAUUGCCAUGGACCCCAUUUUCCCCACUUUGUAAAUGCAGAAAAGCGAUCCAUUUGUGUUUGUAAAUACGUGUACAUUGGUCAUUGUCAUCCUGUCUAAAUAAAUGUUAAA